GAAAAGCGAAGUGAAUCUUCCACUUUCUUCAAGGGACAGUCAUGGAGCCAGGUGGCAAUGUAUACCAAGAAGAGAGCGUGGCUCCCGACGGCCAAGGGCUUGGUGUCGUGAACGGGCCUAUGAAUGGUGCAGAGGUUCAGCUGGAUGACUUUGUGGGGGCUCAUGCUGAGUAUAAUGAAGAGGAGGAAGAACGCAAAUAUUUCCGCCGCAAGCGUCUUGGUGUUAUCAAGAACCUCUUGUCAGCCAGCUUUGGCGGAAUGCUAACCUAUGGCGUCUUUCUAGGCCUGCUGCAGAUGCAGCUAAUCCUGCACUAUGAUGAAACCUAUCGAGAAGUGAAGUACAGCAAUCUGGAGCUGCAGAGUAUUGACAACAAGAUGCUGAUGGGAAUCAGUGUCACACCUAUUGCUGCAUUGCUCUACACUACACUCUUGAUAAGAUUCUUUGGCACUAAGUGGAUGCUAUUCUUGGCUGUUGGCAUUUAUGCACUGUUCGUCUCCACCAACUACUGGGAACGUUACUAUACCUUGGUACCAUCAGCUGUGGCAAUUGGAGCUGCAAUUGUACCACUGUGGGCUUCCAUGAGCAACUAUAUCAUCCGGAUGGCUCAGAAAUACUAUGAUUAUGCAAACUACAAGGAAGAGCAUGUCCAGGAGCAAAAGAGAGCACCAUGUGGGGCCUACAAUAGCUACAUCAUUUCCUUUCAGACUGUCUUCUAUGCCAUCUUCUAUUUGAGUUUCGUCUGUGCUCAGAUGCCUAUGUUUUUCUUCCUGAAGUGGUAUCUCUAUGACAUGAACCACACACUUUACAAUGUGCAUGACUGUGGCACCUCCAGCCAGGGGAUCCUCCCAGGACUGAACUCCACAGUUCUACAGAGACUCCCCCGCAGCAGUGAGCUCAUCGUGGUGGAAAGCGUGCUCAUGGGUGUGGCCUUCCUUGCCAUGCUUCUGGUGUUGAUCCUGUGUGGCUCUGCCUAUCGCCCAACAGAGGAGAUAGAUUUACGCAGCAUUGGGUGGGGCAAUAUCUUCCAGCUGCCAUUCAAGCACAUGCGAGACUAUCGCCUCCGCCACCUCAUCCUCUUCUUCAUAUACAGUGGCUUCGAGGUGGUUUUCCUCUGCACUGCCUUUGCCUUGAACUAUGGUGUUUGCUCCAUUGGCCUGGAAAAUGUGGCUUACAUCAUGACUGCUUACGGACUCUCAUCUGCUGUCUGCAGCAGCCUGGCACUGUCUGCACUGUGUAUGCCCCGCCAGGUUCCCCUUCUCACAGGAGCUUCUGUCCAUGCCAUCCUUCUGAUUGCCCUCUUCUGUUGGGAGCCUCAUCCCCAAAACGUAGGCGAAGCACCCAUGCUCUACCUGGUGGCUGUACUUUGGGGCCUUGGCAGCGCCCUCAACAAGACAGGCCUCAGCACCCUCUUGGGAAUGCUUUAUGAAGACAAAGAGCGGCAGGACUUCAUCUUUACCAUCUACCACUGGUGGCAAGCUCUGGCCAUCUUUGUUGUUUAUCUGUGGUCUGGACUAUCUAUGAAGGCUAAGUUAUCCAUCAUGUUGAUUACUCUGGUGGCUGCAGUGUUCUCAUACAUGUGGAUGGAACAUAAAAUAGGCCGGCUGAUGCCAUACCGCCUCCCCAAGAUUCCCAAGCCUCGUCACAAGGUGCGGGGCUACCGCUACCUGGAUGAUGAGAAUUCUGAUGAAACUGGCUCAGAGGGAGAGGAGGAAAGGCAACACAGUGACUCCUCAGAGGGAGAAGCAGAAGGUGAGACGCCCAAUGACCUGACGACGCGGGCUCAACGCAGGAACAAGUGCAACUAUAAACAGACCCAGGGCGAGGAGUCUGGGAAUAUCGUGGGCUAGCUCCUGGCUUGGUGCCACUCUUUUUGCUGUAGGUCAGUCUGUUUGCUUCGGUCUUGAGUGGUCCAUGAUCUCCUCAGAUGCCUUAGACUUCAUCCUCUCUGCAUCUGCGGAAUCAUCUCUCCCCCACGCUCUUCCAACUUUUCAAUUCUUUAAUUUUACCCUGAGUCUCACUUUGUGCAUUCAGACAUUUUUUUAGUUCUCAUGGUCACUUGGACAGACAGACUCAGGCACAUUCUGACUGUGAAGCUUCUCUGUACAAGGCCCCAUCUGCCAUUGUUUUCAGGCCUCAGAUCAAGCAAGGAGGACCAUUAAAUGUACUCCGUUCCUUCCCUGGCUCCGGCUCUAAGCUCUCUACCCUGUAUCCUCUCCAGCCUUCAAGAGCCUUCCCACAUUUAAAGGGCUGCUGCUGUGUCCUUCCUGCUGCUCACAUUCAAUCCACUUUUUUGGCCAACCUUUCUUAACUGUCCCUCCCUUCUCCCCUGCUAAUACCUUUCCCAUAAUCAAGGUGCCCACAAGGGCCCUUUCUGCCCCCACAGACCCAGGCCAUUUGGAAGGUCCCUGACCACCCCCAGUCUCCCCCGCCCGGCACCCUCCUUUCUACAGCUCAGCUGCUGGACCGCUUGCCAGGACUCCACCUCCCCCAACAUUCCUUCCCAAUGCAGCCCAGAUGGUCAGUGGCCUCUUCACAGCAGGUUAACAAGUUCUGUGCCCUUCCUGCAUUAGCUGUUCAGUCUUGGUCACCUCCAUUGAGUCUGGUAGGCUUGGGGAUGGCUGGGAAAAGUCUGGGGCUACUGCCAACAAUGGGCACCUAACACUGGCUGGGGUAUUAGCUCCCUUCCCAGUUGAUAGAAGUAAUGAAUAUUUCCAGACUGUGGGCAACACUGGUUGUUAAUAGGUGAAUACGGGGAUCUGGGGACUAAGUUUGAUGCUAAAGCAUAGCCCUUGGAAGGUGGAAAUAAAAUGGAAGAGCACACUGAAUUUUCUUUAUUUUUGAGAGGCAACUUAAACUUGAAAUAAAGUCAGAGUCAAUUUU